AGAAAACCGGGUGUUUACAAAUAUAGUACCAAGGUGUCCAUUGUUGUCGCCGGGGUACUCUAUAUGAUAUUGCAUAUUCUCAGGGACAUGUUGAGUAGUGAACGUGUUGCAGUAGUACACACACACGUGUAGAAGUCGGAGAUAUUUCACACAACAGAUGUUUAAGUCAGCGUAUAUUCCAACGAGAAUGGAUGACGACAAAAUGAUAAGAUAUUGCAAAAUUAUCAUUGCAAUAAAACAGGUUCUGACAUUAACUCUACGAGAUCUACUCAGUAAAAAGAUUCCUCCUAAAGAUAUUUUCCAAAGGGUUAGUAAUGGAACCAAAAAACAAAAGGAAAACGUUAAGAAUCAGAUGCCAUUGAUAGAAGCCGCGGCGAAUGAGGAGGACUAUAGUUCACUGGAUAUAACGCUCCUUUAUUCUCUGCUGAGGAAUUUCACAGACGUCUCAGAACCCACUGAUGGAUGGAGAAAUGAACCAAAGGAUGGUUUUAUAAGACUUGGAGACGACAUUGAGAGAAUUCGACAUAUGCGCAACAAUUGUGUUCAUGGUCCUUUUUUGAAUCAGUUAUCUCUGGACAAAUUUGAGGAAAUAAGAACAAAUAUGAUUGGAAUCUGUGAUCGAAUGACGAAACAUAUCGGGGGCGAUUUAAACUAUUCCCAAUGUCUGCAUGGCAUUCUUAGGAGAGACUUAAGUUUUAACGACAAGCUAAAAGCUCAGACGAAAAGAACCGUGGAACAUCUGAGACAGGACCAACUGCAAGAAAUAAUUUCUAGGAAGAGAAAAAUGCCGGAGAUAGUAGAUCAACAAUCCUCUCCAAAAAGAUUGAGAACCUCCCCCAGAAACGGAAGUGGAUCUGCACCAGACUAUGCAGGUGUGAGGGCAGCAGUACUGCGUCAGUUAAAAGAAACCUGUUCUACAAAAAAUCUACAGAAACCAAAGUCCAUCUUACUGGUUGGACCAGCAGGAGUUGGAAAGUCGUCCUUUAUCAACUCAUCUAUCGCGGCCAUGACAGGAAAAUAUUGCCCGUAUGCUAAAUCUGGAUGUGGCGAGAAUGUUACCGCAGAAAAUAACGUGAUACGUUGUAGCAAAUACGGAGACGGUAAAACAAAAGACUUAUUCUUGCCCACCUUUGUGGAUAUGAUUGGUCUGGAUAAAGUAUUCUCACCAGACAACGAUAAACCGGAAGAGUGGCUUGCAGAUGAAAUGUUAGAAUCCCUUAUUGAUGGAAAAUUUCCGGAAAAUACGGAUCUCUGGAGUUACGCAAAGAGACGUAUGGAAAAUUGCGUCCCUGUUGAUGACAGCAAUGUAGGAGUUUUUAUUGACAUUAUCGUAAUGGUGUGGGCACCGAAGUCUGGUAAUUCCCUCCAUGAGAAAGUUAUUGAAUGUAUAAAUCGGCAAAGGGAUUUCAAGGGACAGGACAUUCCUGUGUUUGUCGUUUUGAGCAAAAUGGACGAAUGUGACGUUCAGAUGGAGGAUUUGAAGACCACAAAGAAAUACAUAUGCGAACAGCUGAAAAUUGAAAACAGUCACAUUCUGGAGUGUGUGAACUAUAUUGAUAAUCUAGGUUGGAAUAAUGAUUUCCAUUCCGAAAUACCCAUGUUACAAUUCUUGAAUAAGAUCUGUAACAAAGGCUACGAGAGGAAAAGCUACAACAUGAUUGAAUUCGAAUAUCGUCCCCAGACUUCGAGUGACAUAGUGACUCCCAUGACUUUCUCACGUGACCUAAAUUUGAAUGUUCACGAAGUGGCUAACCAUGGCAGACCCGGAUUCUUUCCAAAUGAAGGUGACCGACAACACACAAUGACUGACUUAACGUCUGAAACGGAAUUACCAUCUUCUUCAGGCUUAAGACUUCGAACUCAAAACACAGGGAGUGGUGAAGUUCUGAACGUCAACUCGUCUAAUGAUCAUCGAGGAAAUAAGCCCUAUAAUGUGACGAAAAAUCCAGCCGCUUUAAGCUCCAGGUCUAGGAAUAUUAACAAUCCUCAUGUUAAAGACCGGGGUUAUAAUAAUCCCCAAAAGGAGAGAGGAUUCAAUUACCCGACAGUGAUAUCACCAACCUUGGUUAAACAGCGCGCAAUAGUAUCAGCAAUCGAUAGUUCGAAAAACAGGGUUCAAUCCACCUCUCCUGAAGAUACAGCCAGCUCAACACAAGCCUUACCACUGUGUAUCCGUGUGUGUAUGUUUGUGUGUGUUGUUUUAAUUCUCUCCAUUUUAUUUCUGUCUGUGUUGUUUCAACGGUCCUAAAACGAGCGCGCGCAGUACCAACAUACGAAACUAAAGUUUGAAAUUUAUUAACAUGGACUAUUCGUAUUAGCUGAUGAAUGUAUGGUGUUGUUUUGAAUUCAUGGCAAAGAUAACACUUCGAGCAUGUCGUUAUUUUAUAUCGUUUUAUUAAAGAGAAGAUGUAAACAUCAACCAGCCCUCUUGCGUGCAGAUUCGACAGCUCAAUGGGAUUAUCGGGACUUAUGGAUGGUGUGCACUGCUUGUACAGUAACUUUUUUUAUUGAAAUUACAUGAGGCAUAAACUGUGGCGCUUUACACCAGCAUACUUCAUGAAGCAGAUGCUGUUCAUACACUCACGUAUUUUUAAAACUUAACUUUGUUGUUUUUAUAUUUACAUUUUACUUUCAUUUCAGUCGGAAUUCCCAGACGUUAAAAUAGUCGUACUGUAUAUUUAUCAAGAUUGAUAUACUAAAAUUGCUCGCAUUAUUAAAUAACAAUAUCAGAC